CAGCAAACAUAGGAUCCCUCCGAGGUUGAGUGCCACGGGUCUUUGCAAAAAACCCUUCCAAAAAAAGAGAUCUUUUGACCUCCCUUUCUUCUUCCACCUGGCCAAACAGGAGGACCCCAAUGGCUUUGGGGAUGGAAAGUUGACCCAUCCCAGUGGCGCGAAGUUGGAGCCAAACAAAGCAGUUCUCGGUUGUGGCCUGUAUACUUCAUCGGAGAACAUGGAGUUGUGUGUUCCCGCUGAAGAUGGCGCAGACAAGGACGGUUUGGGGCUGAGGAUGAUGGGCGAGGAGUCCAAGAAAGUGGGCCUCAACGGAGGAGACACCACGGAGGUGCCAGAAGCCGAUUCUAGACCCAGUUCAGGGUUUUACGAAACCAGCGAGAUGGGCUCCCUCUCGGAUUCAUGCGCCUCGGUGCACAGCGACGGAGCCAGGGCUUCACGGUGUAGCAUCGGUUCCCUCCCUCACCUGCCUGGAUUGCGUGAUAAUGGCUUGAUCCGGCCGCGGUCCACCGACGAGGCUGCCGUCCGGCUCCUUGACCUCCAACUUCAGCGCCUGACCUUGGCCAGCGUAGCCGGGACUGACAAUCGACGUCCGGUAUCCACCGGUGACCUCGAGUUCCUGUUGGGCCUUGGAUCCCUACCCCUCCCGAGACCCCCGAAUUUCCAGCUUCUACGGUACAAGUCCGAUCUGGUCUCCCGAAACACCAACGAAGUCUACCACUACCCCAGUCCUCUCCACGCGGUAGCUUUACAGAGCCCCCUCUUCACCAACGGCCUCUCUCAAAGCUCGUCCCAGGAAGAUCUUGACGAGACGCCUCCCCAGGUUUCCAGAUCCGACUCUCCCAAGAGAGACCCUCUCUGCUCCGGAGGACUCCCGAAGAUCCGCUUGGAACAAUACAUGGCGAAACUGGUGCUACGGUACAAGUGCCGCACGGCAGCGAGCCGAACCGAAUCAGGAUACCUCGCGGGGAAUCAGAAAAGCUUAUCCAUGACGUCCAUCUGCAGCUCGGGACCGGUGGCUGGUCAAGUCCUGGGCCCGAUUCCAGGAUGGAAGAUCCGACGGCGUAUCUCCACCUGUUCUCACUUGCGUUCUCCCGAAGGUUCAGAGGGAGCACGAGAUUCCAGAGUCCUGGAUGGGUUGUGGGACUUCCCGCCAUUCCCAGAGAUCAGCUCGUUUCAGUCGAGUCCCACCAACCUGGUUAAACCUAGCGAGUCGUCUGUUAUGUCCCUCACGACAACACAGGUUCCUUCCGUCAAACUCAUCCUGAACAAGCCAUCCGCCACGCUGGAUAGAAAAAUUUGGGCAGCAGGGCCCCACCAACUGAUAAUCAAGACAGAAUCCUCCUUCAGAAAGGAGUCUUCGUUGCCUCGGGCCACGACUGGCAUCGACAAACUAUACAAAGGCAAACACUCUUCGCGGGAGUUGGUGAAAACCUCCGAGCGAGGAGAGAAGGCAGCUGAGAGAAGCUGGUUGAGCCCCCGCGAAUUGCUACGCAGAUUAAGCCUCCGGCGCAAGCCGUCAUCCCGCGGGGUGGGCAGGGCCCGAGCCAGUUCCGAAAUGAAUGUUCACGCGGCCGCGGGCCUGGUGUGUCCCAGCCAACUUCAACCGAACCGAGGCAAGGCCACCAAGCCGAAAUGGACAUCGGUGCUGGAAAUUUCCAGCAAGUCCUCUGGACGCCAUCGUGCGAAACCAGGGACAUUCCUGCCACCGGUGGUUUUGAACCGCAACCUCGCCUUUUCCUCCGAUGCCCCAGCAACCUUCUGCUUCCCAGAGGGCGGCCAUUUUGACCUGCCGCCUCGCCAGCGGGCCGGACUUCCCGGCAACGGGCCCAGGCUGAGCGAGGUAGAAGCGACCAGCGCGGUCAGCCUGAAUGGAGAAUGGAUGUUCCACCAGCUUGGAGACCGAUGGCUACACGGGUCCGCCACGUUGGAUUCAUCCGAUUUGCCACCUCACAACUUUAAGCUUCGACGCAGCCGUUCUUUCAAAGAGUUGAAGAAGAUCGUGUCUCGCUCCUUCAAGAGUUCCCGAACUGCCAAAUACUAGAGGAAAAAAAAUAAUAAUAAUUGGACAUUCAUUUGGGACGCACGUGAAAGAUAAACUUCACGUCUGAAUGUGUUGGGGAGGGGGCGGUUCGGUUUUUGUCGCGAUCGUGUUGCAAAAGUUCCUUCGUUUGGACGGCAAGACGGCCUCCCGCACGGCCUCCCCCAUUGCGGUGUCCUGAAUUUUGCUGAGGAUGUCCUGAAUUCAAACGUUAACCUCUCAAGACAUAGGACACCUACGGGCCUGCAUGCGAAGCAGCGCUGAACUUGAACUCGAGAUCUCCCGUCGAAAACCCCGAGAUAUUUUCUAUCGGCUGCUGCUGCUUCUCCUCACUCUGAACUGACUCUCUUAAUUUUGCAGCCAGGAGAACAGAAAGGGGUGGAAGAAAAGUCGCUUUGGUUGAAGUCUGCUUGUGAUCUUGGUUGUUUGAUAUCAGGGACCAAACCACAAAAAUGGGUAGUUCUGUAUUGUUUGCCACGGAUGAUCCAUGCAGACUAAUCUGUGCCAGAUCAGUGAAUGCCUGUUGUUUCGGGUUCUUCAUAUACAAUAAAACCAAAAAGAUUUUGGGCUUCCCAAG